UGCGUCGCUUUUCUAGCAUAAUCUGGUACGACUAUCGCAACUCACAGUUAGCUAGUUGACUUCGUCCACUGCACAACUGCUUUGAUUUUUGGAUUAUUGCUCAUGAUAAGAAUAUCACCACUACCCAGCUUUUCUAGAAGUUCCGGAGGUAAGUUGGGCCUCAUUCACGCAGAACUGAGUAGACACUCUAUUUUCAAACUUCUCCUUGCUGAACCUUUCAAGGUUCUCUCCAUAUUCUUCAAACUGUGUUCUUCACUCAGAAACGGAACUUCCGAAGAAGCCAAAAUGGCUUCCAUCCCACUUGCAACACACAGUGCUUCAAAAAUACAUGAACAUAUGAAAGCGAAAUUUACGUGUGAUGAAGAAACUCACGAGGAACCACCAACUGAGAAGCUGUUUCGGCAAACCUCAUUCGGAAUUGAUGCCGUUGAGCUACUUACCAAUUACAACAGCAAAUUGAUGAACAGCAUUUGGGGACAAUACAAUCUGUAUGCUGCACAUGCCUUCCAGAAGAACAACGAGAGUGCCUCGGCUGGAUGGGAUGUCCUCAACAUCCCUCAGGUCAAGAACCUGUGGGAUAUCCUGCGCACUGCCCAUCAAUAAGAUAAAUGGGCAAUCAAACUUUCUCUCCAAGAGGAUAUAUGAAAUAAAUGGAAGGAAAGUUUUGAUUUAGUGAUUCCUACAUUAUAUGUAUCAUGUAAUAAGGCUUGUUGUAUACCCCUUUGAUGUUUUUGUAACUUGUACUUUUUUGUUAGAACAAAUAUUGUUAUAUAUAUAGAAUACUUUCCAUGUGAAUCUCGCAUUUAUUAUUGGUGCACCUGGAGGCAAAAAAAAAUCAUGUGAAUUGAAGAACUAGCUUUUUAUGGACGAACUUGGUGUGUAUUAUUCUAGCAUUUGAAACUUUUUUUGCAAUGCUAUUAUUACUUUAGAUUUCAAUAAAAUAUUAUUAUAAUAAGUA